UUCUAACCCACACCUUUCCCUUCAUUUCCUUCCUGUCACUGUUUCUUAGCUUCUACUUCUAAGCCAUACCAGACCAAGAAAACACCUUCUCAACCUCUCAACAUCCUUCACCUUCAAUCUCUUUCCCUUCACCUUCUUAUAGUUUUUUUUUUCAAUCAAUGAAAUGGAUCAGAAUCACAAGAAAAAACCCUCAAAAAACAAAGGAUACUAUGUUAAAAUGAAACUCAUGCAUAAACAUGGUAUUAGACCUCAACAACAAGAAAAAAACCAUUUUCAUAAAUAUUACAAAUGGAUUCUUUGGCUUUCUCUUUCUCUCUAUUUCUUCACUUCUUACCUCAUUAGCAACAACAACAAUCACAACCACAACAACAACAUAAAACAUCAUCAAAUAACAUCAACAAUAAAAUCACUUUCUCAAUCCUUAUCCAUCAAAAAAACAACAUCAUCACCUCAAACACUUCAAAAAACUAGUUUGAAAAACUUGAAAAUAUUUGUGUAUGAUCUUCCACCAAAAUACAACAAAAACUGGCUUAAAAACCCAAGAUGCAAAACUCAUUUAUUUGCUUCAGAAGUUGCUAUUCAUAGAGCUUUAUUAACAAGUGAUGUAAGAACUUUUGACCCAUAUGAAGCUGAUUUUUUCUUUGUACCAGUUUACGUUUCUUGUAACUUCAGCACCGUUAAUGGCUUCCCAGCAAUUGGUCAUGCACGUUCAUUGAUUUCUUCAGCAGUGAAACUCAUCUCCACCGAGUACCCUUUCUGGAACCGUAGCACAGGAUCAGACCAUGUCUUCGUAGCUUCACAUGAUUUCGGUUCUUGUUUCCACACCCUGGAGGACGUGGCAAUGAAAGAUGGGGUACCUGAAAUUAUGAAGAAUUCAAUUGUGUUACAAACUUUUGGUGUUACUUAUGAUCAUCCUUGUCAGAAAGUUGAACAUGUUGUGAUACCACCGUUUGUUUCGCCGGAAAGUGUACGGAAUACGUUGGAGAAUUUUCCGGUGAACGGACGGCGAGAUAUUUGGGUUUUCUUUCGUGGGAAAAUGGAGGUUCAUCCUAAGAACGUUAGUGGAAGGUUUUACAGCAAGAAAGUGAGGACAGUGAUAUGGAAAAAAUUCAACGGUGACCGGAGGUUUUACCUACGGAGACAUAGGUUUGCCGGUUACCAGUCAGAAAUUGCACGUUCGGUGUUUUGUCUAUGUCCUUUAGGGUGGGCCCCAUGGAGUCCUAGACUGGUUGAAUCCGUUGCAUUAGGUUGUGUGCCGGUAAUCAUAGCAGACAGUAUCCGGUUACCAUUUUCCUCCGCCGUGAACUGGCCGGAGAUUUCAGUCACGGUGGCGGAGAAAGAUGUUUGGAGGCUGGGUGAGAUAUUAGAAAAAGUGGCUGCUACAAAUCUUAGCAUUAUUCAAAGAAAUUUGUGGGACCCACGUACAAGGAAAGCACUACUUUUCAAUAGUAGGGUCCAUGAAGGAGAUGCCACGUGGCAGGUCCUACAUUCUUUGAGUGAAAAGGUGGAUAGGUCUUAUAGGAGUUCAAGGGUUUCACGCCAAUUAGAAUUUGACACGUAAUGGGUAUGUAUUUGGUAUUAUUUUGAUUCUUCACACAGUAGAUUUUCACACACAUUGUGAUUAUUGCAUGGAGAAGAAUAAAUGAAAAAUUAGGAAAAUUAUUAGUGGUUUACAGCUGGAAAUUUUGUGGGUGAUGACAUUAAUGGGACCCACAGGAGUACUUCGAAGUAUAUUAAUGGUGACAUGGCUAGCAUUGAUUCGAUGUCCGUGCGGUUUGGAAAAGGAAAAGGAAAAGGAACUAUGAACUGAAUAGUUUGAGUAAUCAUCAUGCAAAUCUAAUGUAUGGUAGAUUUUGUAAAAUCAUUUUUGUUGUAAAUAAAUAUACUAUAGUGCUAUGAAUAUACAUAUACAUUUUUUGAAAUCA